GUCACGACAUCCUGCGUACUUCCGUGGUGUAGAGUACAGCAACGUUUGUAAUAUUUCUGUAUUUUUCUCUGGAUUAAAGCAAGUAAUGAACCGAAGAGAAGAGUAUGAUUCUUAUGAGAUUGAGGAACCAAGUGAUGAAGACAGAGCAUGUAGCAGUUCUGAGGAUGAGCUCGAUAUUCUUCUUAAUGGAACCCCAGAUCAGAAGAAGAAGCUCAUCCGAGAGUACCUGACAGGCGAAAGUGAGUCAUCCAGUGGGGAUGAGUUUGAGAAAGAGAUGGAGGCAGAACUAAGCAGCACCAUUAAAUCUAUGGAGUGCAACUGGACAAAUCCGUCCCCUCAAGGUGAGACAUCUCAGGUUGGCGGCAAUACACAAAGCACAGGCAGGAUGCAGCAAUCUCAGCAAUAUGACAGCAUAUACUUUGACUCCGAUUCUGAUGAAGAAAGCCAAGCUGGUGUCUCCCAGAUCCAGCGAAGAAAGCAGCGCAAUGUACUUACAAAUGACGAGUUAUUAUAUGACCCAGAUGAAGAUGAUCGGGAUCAGGCAUGGGUAGACGCCAAGAGAAGAGAGUACAGGAGCCGGAGACGACCAGCGUCAUCUGCACAGAGAAGAAACCAGUCUCUGCCUCUUCCAAGCAGUGAUGCCAUCCUCAAUUGUCCUGCGUGUAUGACCACACUAUGUCUGGACUGUCAGAGACAUGAGAAAUACAGGACGCAGUACAGAGCCAUGUUUGUGAUGAACUGUACAGUGAAUAAGGAUGAAGUUCUGAGGUAUAAAGCAGCAAAACAGAAGAAGCAGCGCAGGAAGAAGAGUCAUCAGCACCACACGGCCACAUCAGCAGGAGCAAAGCCCGAGGCAGGAGCAAAGCCCGAGGCAGGAGCAAAGCCCGAGGCAGGAGCAGGUCUGACCGACUCCAGAUUGGGUGGGAUGGAUGAGGAAGAUGUCUAUCACCCAGUCAAGUGUACAGAGUGUUCGACUGAAGUGGCUGUAUAUGAUAAGGAUGAAGUCUAUCACUUCUUCAACAUUCUUGCAAGCCAUUGCUGACCAGAUACAAAGGACUUCAACACUGAGCGAAGAAUUCAAGCAGCUCUCGCUUGUUAAUGAAACACGGUUAAGAAUAAGGAUGUUCUGAAAAAGGACUUAAUGUCUUUAUGUUCAUGCACAGUGAUGUAAAAUAUCUGUAAAAAUUCUCAUUUUGUUACCCAUGUUUUAAAAAUGUGUCUGUGUGUGUUUAACUGGCCUGAUGCAGGACUAACAUUUGCUCUUUCCUAAACCUAAUUGUAAAGUGUUAUUACUAGCUCACAGAUGGUUCAAGCAUGUUUAUUCUUGCAUUAUUUGAAUAAAUCUUUUUUGAGUCUGUUGUUUUAUAUGCUCUGUUCUGCAGUAGUAUAAUGAUAAUAGAAUUAAUAUGUUCUGGAAACAAAUUUCUGGAGUAGCAACUUGAUUUCUGGCUCAGUUUAGGACACCUUUGAUUUAAAUGUGUGAAGCUAUUUCUGUUAUGGGUUGUUUUACAAUCAGGGUACAAAGUUUGUGUCACAGGGGUCCAAAAUUCAGAUUGAUUCAAAUUGGUUCUUGUACCAGUUUUUAAGUGAAGGACAAGUUAAAGAACAGAUAGGCAUGUGUAAUAGUUUGUAUUAUAACAAGAUUAAGUGUAGCUUUAAGCAGGGCUGGGAGAAACAAAUGAAGUGAUUCUUGGAGAGGACAAUUUUUUGACAAUUCAGAAUCCACAUAGUGCUUUUAAAUAUAAGGCUGUAAGCUUUGUGUUAGUUGUCUCUAAUCUUUAUGUCCCAAUACCUUGACCACAUUUUAGGAUGAAAAUAAUCAUUUUAGAUAUGUUAGUUCAUAUUGAAAAAUUAGCUGUCUCGGAGAGGACAUUUUUUUGACACAAUUACAUACUAAUUUGAUCAAAAUAGUCUGAAAACUUGCUGGCAUUCAACAUUAAAACUUAACUAUGUUUCCAAUGAUAUGGAACCAAAUAUUUGUUUUAUGGUAUAAAGAAUGAUGUAAGUGCAUCCCUUUUGGAGCUACCUGUGGUCAAAAAAGCACUUUUUCUAAAUGACACGAGUAAUUUUGCUAAAUAUGACAUAUAUUGCCAUACAUUCACCAAAAAAAAUGUUAUCACCAAAAUUUUUGUUUUUGUAUGGUAAAUAGAGCUAUCACAGGGCUACAAUAAACAACCAAGUUUAUUUAGUCAAGCCUUUUGAUAUUGAAGAUAAGUGUUAAAUGUGAUUUUUAGCUUGCGUACCCUGAUUGUAAAACAACCCUUAUAUCUGUUGACCAAUUGUUAUUGAUUUAACAGGGAUUGUAAAUCGCAUAUCUCCUAAUAUGUAUUUCGUAAGGACAUUUUAAUCUGUGACUUGAGUAUGACGACGUGUCCUACUCCAGCUCUUACUCCAUAGCACUAUCAGUAGAUGUGCUAUGGAUUAGUAUUGUGAAUAUUCAUUAAUAGUAAUGCCUAAUUCUUAUGUAUUAAUUACUGUCGUCAUAUUGUGCCCAUAUAGAAAACAGAAUACCCAAUAUAGAAUAUUUACCUGUAGCCGGUGAUGCUUACUGUCCCCAUUGACUGAAAUUGUUUGCUCUCAAAACAGCCUCAGGUCUUUGUGGCAAAGGUAUACACUUGUUUGUAAUACCUGGUGAGAAUAUGUUCACCCCUUCUCCUUUAAAAGUCUUUUUGUUGUGUGGUCUUUUGUAAUCAACAACAACAAAAAAAAUCUUGCAAAAAAUAAUUAUUCUCAAUUCUUAGUUUUGCAGGUUAAUUUUACAUAGAAAAGGAAUCAUGUCUGUCAAAACGUGUAUUUUAUUAGGCAGAUACAUUUUUGCACAUUUCUUGUUUACACAAUGAUUUGAAAAACUUACAAUAUAAGGUAUUUUGUAUAAGUCUAAGCGAUUUGGUCUUUUAGUGUUUUUUUUUUAAUUUUGAUUUUUAUAUACAAAUUCACCAGAUAUACUUCCCCAUACCUAUGAUCAGACACCAGCCCCCCCCCCCCCCCCUUUUUUUACUGAUCAUACAAAAACAUGAGUUAUACAAUCAGAAACAGGAAAAAAAAUUAUAUAUAUAUAUAUAUAUAUAUAUAUAUAUAUAUAUAUAUGGGCGGCACGGUCGCCUCACAGCAAGAAGGUUCUGGGUUCGAGCCCAGCGGCCGGCAGGGGCCUUUCUGUGCGGAGUUUGCAUGUUCUCCCCGUGUCUGUGUGGGUUUCCUCCGGGUGCUCCGGUUUCCCCCACAGUCCAAAGACAUGCAGGUUAGGUUAGGUUAAUAUGGGACGGCUUUGAACGAGGCACCUAACUCCCAACUGCUCCUCAGGUGCUGUUAGUAUGGCUGCCCACUGCUCUGGGUAUGUGUGUGUGCUCAUUGCUCACGUGUGUGUGCAUGUGUUCACUGCUUCAGAUGGGUUAAAUGCAGAGAGGAAUUUCACAAGUGUGUGAUGAGUAAAGUUGUGCUUUAAAUAUAUAUAUACAGGUCCGUCUCAGAAACUGGUCUCUCAUUUGGGACAUUAUGGUCAAAAAAUAAAUUUUCUAAUUUGACUAUUUUUUUUGCAUUUACCUAACACUCAAUGUUUCUUUUGUCAUGUUUAAUAAGAAUAAAGAUAGUAUCUUGCUUCA